CUGGUUCUCAAUAAUUUAGAAGCUACCUACCUUUCAAUUCUGAUCAAUGGAACCCCUCAUGGUUUUUUCAAGCCUCAGAGGGGGGUGAAACAGGGUGAUCCCUUAUCCCCCUUUUUGUUUAUCAUUGCUUCUGAAGCAUUCUCUAGAGGGCUUAAAACCCUUUUGGAACAGAAGAAAGUUAAGCCCUACUGGAUGGGGGUUCAUGGGUAUCCUAUUUCCCAUUUAGGAUAUGCAGACGAUCUACUGAUAUUCUUAAAUGGAGAUGCAAGAUCACUGAAGUGUUUUAAGAAAUUUCUGGAUGAGUAUCAAUUAGCCUCAGGACAGUUAAUUAAUUACCACAAAAGCUCCUUUGUUUGUG